AUGGUUCCAGUAAAGGAUGAGGCCAGUGAGGAUAAGGAGCAAGGGUCUUCUGCAGUAGUCGGUUGUACGCUUACUACUGAAGAAGCAGGAGGUGCAAAAGGAAAUAUUACUUCGUGUUUUUCGGCGGACAAAACGGGAAAACAAGUAUUAUUAGCUACAGCUGUGGUAAAUAUCGAGGCUAAUAACGGAACACGGAGAACGGUACGCGCUUUGCUCGAUCAAGGAUCGCAGGCGUCAUUUGUGACCGAAGCGACGAUACAAGGUUUGGGUUUAAAGAAGACAAAGACGAAAAACGUUGUAUCAGGUCUGGGAGGAGAUAAAAAGGUCAUCAUCAACUCGACGGUUAACAUCAACUUGCAGUCACGGGUCAAUCCUGAAAUCAAGUUCAAGGUCAAGGCGUACGUGUUAAGAAAGAUCACAGCUUUUCUUCCAGAGAAAAAGGUUGGUGACCUGGAAGAUUUGGAUUUAACGGGACUUACCUUGGCUGACCCUGAGUACCACACGCCCAACAAAGUGGAUAUUUUGUUAGGUGCAGAUGUGUAUGGGCAGAUUCUGCAAGAAGGAUUAAGGAAGGGUAUCCAGGGUGGAGUGAUUGCACAAUCUACAGCUUUAGGCUGGAUCAUUUCGGGCACGGUUAUGGAUUCACAGCAGAAGCCAAAGAGUAUAGUAGUAAUGCAUUCACUGAUCGAUGAAAAUGAUCUCCUUAAGAAGUUCUGGGAACUGGAAGCGGAACCUGAAAUAAAAAGAGAAAAAAUGUUUACAGAGGAAGAAAAAAGAUGUGAGGAGAUAUUCACAAAGACAACUUCAAGAGACGAGGAAGGGAGAUAUGUAGUUCGACUUCCCUUGAAGAAUGAUCCUCCUUGUGUAGACAACUCCAGGGAGAUAUCUGAAAGGAGAUUUCUUUCGUUGGGACGGAAAUUCAUGAAGAAUGAAGCCUUGAGAGAGAAGUACUCUGAAGUGAUGCAAGAAUACAUAGAUCUGAAUCACAUGGAACUAGAGGUGGGCGCCGAUAUAAAAUUGGCCGGCGGCGGCGCGCCGACUUUUUGA